UAAACAAACCUACAACAAAACUACCUCUCUUAAAGCGUCAAAACUUCCAUUAAAUAUCCAAGUUUUAGCUCAGAUACUUUUACAUUGUUUUAUUAUAUGCCGGAUCGUACCGCGUAAAUAUAUCGCCUGUUACAUUCUAUUUUGGCAACAUUUUCUCUUGGAACGAUGACCGGAGUCUUUGACAGCCUCGCCACAGAUAUGCACUCCAACCAAAUUACCUCCACCAACUUCCACACCAUGAAAUCUCAAGACUCGCCCACGUUACCGGUGUCCACAGUGACCGACAGCAGCUUCUAUAGCAGCCCCCAGCCUGGUCUGUGCGCUGGCGCGGCAUACGCACAACUUGGGUCUUAUCCUUACCAUCCCGGGGGAGCCAGUAAUGUACAUUACAGUCCCAAAGCGUACGACAUGGGCUUUGGGUCCUCUUAUGGCGCCUAUGGAUCCUAUGCCUCUGGAUCAUCACCAGUUCCAACAGACACAGAGAAAGAGGAGAGCGAGCCAGAAAUUCGGAUGGUCAAUGGAAAACCAAAGAAGGUCCGAAAGCCUCGAACUAUUUAUUCUAGUUUCCAACUGGCUGCUCUUCAGCGGAGAUUUCAGAAGACCCAGUAUCUGGCGCUCCCAGAGCGGGCCGAACUCGCGGCGUCCCUUGGCCUGACUCAGACGCAGGUGAAAAUUUGGUUUCAAAAUCGACGCUCUAAAUUCAAGAAGUUAUGGAAAAACGGGGAAAUUCCUCCGGAUCAGCAUGUCGCCCCGAGUGAUUCGCCACCCUGCAGUUCUCCGGCCGAGACGAACUGGGAAUUCCCACAGGGCCAAACGCUGAACGACGGGGAUUCGACAAUGAGCCAGAACACUGGCCCACCGAACACCACAGCCCCCUCGUUCCUUACAAACUACUCUUGGUAUACAUCCACGAACUCUGCGACGCACGCACAGCCAAGCCCUCUUAUCCAACACCAUAACAGCGCAAUGAGCACGGGGCCCAUUUUCUAACUUUGAACUCAAAGACAGAGAGGAACUAUGGAAGGAACUCGAUCGUAACUGGAUUUCUACCUGCCUAUGCGCCUGGUUUCGCAGGGGACCAUCCUUUUGGGGGGAGUGGGGAAAACUAAGAAAAUAAACUCUAUUGCGUUUUCCUUUUUGGAUUUAUAUUGUAGCCGUCGGACGUGUAGUAUUCUCAUGCAAUGAUUUGGGAAUUAAAUUAUUUUUAUUCAGCUAUUUAUUGCUCUCUUUUGCGCUUAUUGGUGUGUCAAUUCAACAUACACGUAAACACGGGCAAUGGCACUACAUAGACCUUGCAUUUAUUGUUGAAUAUCCGGGGUUUCACUGUAAAAAAAAAAAAAAAACACAUGUUACUAACACUGAGGAUCCAGCUGAGCUCACAGCGACCAAGUUUGCCUCAAAUGAAAAUGGUAUUGCCUUUUAAGUAGACCAUAACCUAUAUGUUCGUUGUUUGGUUGCCUCCCAUGGGACAUAUGUAACCGUUCAGUGCUCGUUUAAGUUCUGUGUGGGCUUUUUGAGGUGAAUGACUGGAAUGGGAGCACGUUUGUUUAAAUACAACGCAAACAACCGUUUCAACAGCACCCUUUGAUAUGUGCCCAAACGCCUCAUCUUACAGGCUGGCUUCCAUGGUCAUGAAGUAACAACUUAAUAAGGCCGAAAAUUAUGCAGUUUUCAGCAUCUGAGUCAUCUGAACACGAUUCGUGUAUCCAAU